AUGUUACUACUGGACGUGGCUCUUUGGGUUGCUUUGGCGUUCACGUGGGGCUUCGAUCAAACCGAGGCUGUUACUUCGGACUCUACAUACGUCGCUGCUGUCUACGAACACCGCGUGAUUUUCAACCCGGACCCCCAUACCCCACUAUCUCGGCUGGAUGCUCUUCAUCACAUGCGCAAGAAUUUGGCCGUAUACGAGGAGCAAGCCGCUCUGGCUGCCCGGCAGGGCGCCCAGAUCAUUGUCUUUCCAGAGGAUGGUCUUCAAGGUUUCAACUUUAGUCGUUCAUCAAUUUCCAGCUACCUAGAGACCAUUCCUGACCCCCAAGAGGAGACGUGGAACCCAUGCACGGAACCAGGAAGGUUUAAUAAUACAGAGAUUCAGCAGCAGUUGAGCUGCAUGGCUCGCCGCCACAACCUUUACGUGGUGGCCAACAUGGCUGACUCGCAACCGUGCCCCCUCCAGACAGACCCUGCGUCUUCUUGUCCCACAAAUGGACGCUGGCAAUUCAACACCAAUGUGGUUUUCAGGUCUGACGGACUGCUGGUGGCACGUUACCAUAAGCAAAAUCUUUAUUUUGAGGAAGCUUUUGACACACCGCCACGGCCUGAGAUCAUCAGUUUUGAGACCCCUUUUGCUGGGAGGUUUGGCCUCAUCACCUGCUUUGACAUCCUCUUCUAUGAGCCCAAAGUCCCUCUGCUGGAGAGGGGUGUGCGUCAGCUGAUCUUCCCCACAGCCUGGAUGAACCAGCUGCCUCUCUUGGACACCAUCCAGUUUCAGCAGGCGUUCAGCCUGGGCGCUCAGGUCACACUGCUCGCCGCCAACAUUCGCAGUGACCGCCUCAUCAUGACAGGAAGUGGCAUCUACACUCCUUUUGCAGCCACCUCUCACCACGCGCAGAGCGGAGACCCUGAGGAGGGCCGCUUGCUGGUGGCCAGAAUCCCCGUGUUGGGUGCCCACUCACAAUACGGCCAAGUCAAGGAGACAGCCGUAGAUUCAGGCUACUGUCACCAUGACGACUGUCCUCUCUCUAUGCCCCAUUCAUCCACCUUCACCUCCACCAUGAUGCAUGAUCCAUUUAAAUUUGCCCUCCUUAAUGGCACAGAAGGCAACCUGAAGGUGUGUGACGGAGCUUUUUGUUGCCGCCUGCAGUUCCAGCGUUCUCCGCAAAGUGACAGUGAUGAACUCUACGCACUGGGAGCUUUUGCUGGAACGCACACUGUCAACGGACGAUAUGCUGUACAGGUAUGCGCGGUGGUCCGUUGUGCUGGGUCUGAAGCCAGCUCCUGCGGACAAGAAGUGGAAGAGGCGGAGACAAAAAUAGACUUUGUUCUGGUGGGAGAAUUCGGGACCAAAUAUGUGUACCCAUCAGUGCUGGUGAGCCGUUACGUCCUGGAGCAGCCAGAACGUGUCGAGAGAAGCACAGAUGGAAAAGUGACCAUGAAACAUUUGAACACGGACGGAGGGCUGGUCACUGCAUGCUUGUACGGACGCGUCUAUCAACUGGAUAACAAAUGAGCCUCUGCCAGUCUGUCAGAAAGAAACAAAACAUUAACUGUGCAGUCAACUGAGAUGUCGGAUGAGAAUUGUUUGGAAAAAAUCAUGAAUAGUUAAUAAAAACAAAUAUCUUUAUUUUGACUUCUUCUUUACAAACAUUGCACCAAAUAGUCUUCAUCCCCUUCAGGAAAGGUGCUUAUUCCUGAAAAGGCAAUAUUUAAUAAUUACUCACUCAUGCACAUACUCACUCAAACAUCAAGUCGUUGGGGCUGCUGAUUCCAUAACAAUCCUUCAUAAAAAGAAGUUGAAUGCACUCCCUUUUCUAAGCAUUCAUUCCGGUUCCUCUCAAUUCAAAUUCAUACAAGCUUCAAUAGGAACCUCUCUAGUGGUUCGCCAAGAUCUGUGUGUCAAAGUUGUCUGAAGAUCUAAAAAUAUAACAUGCCCAAAAGCAAGGCUUGUCAUUCACUCACCUGGUCCCAUUUAGAAUAUGCAAGUUUGUGUUCAUUAGUCCUCGGAUAUUCUCUUCACUAAAACGUUUGGAAAGUAUUGAAGGUUCCUACAAUUGCCAUCAGAGAGGCGAUAUUAAUCAUCUGGUAAAUCCCUGGUGAAAGACCAGGUAGCAAAUGCCUGCCACUGGUUCCCCAAAGAAAUGUAGUGUACUGUUUCUGUGAGCGAAUAAAGUAAGCAUUGCAUUAUUUAAA